GCAUUCUACUUGGGAUUCACUUUGCAUUAUUGAGAAGAACUUCAUCCUUUUGCUUCAGACCCGACAACGAGGGCAUGCAGCGCGAAAACAGUGCGACGCCGCUGGAGCCAAACCUGAACAGAAACGUCAACUGGAUGGACUCCCCGGGGUUCAUGGGCUUCUAUGUGAUCACCCUGUUCCUCAUCUACAUCAUUGUGCACACGAUCAUGCCUGUGGACUGGGCAUGGACGAGUGUCAACAUAGUGCACGGGUUUUUCUCCUUCGUGGCAAUGCAUUGGAUCAAAGGCUCCCCUGACGAAGACCCAUCGAGUCUCGGUGGCCAGUACCGCGAACUGACGUUUUACGAGCAAAUUGACGACGGCCGGCCAUGGACGUGGAUAAAAAAGUUCCUGAUCGUGGUGCCGACCGUCUUGUUGCUGUGGGCGAGUGUUAUGUCAAACUACGAUACGAUCCAGCUGCUGAUCAACGUGCCUGUGUGGGUGGUGCUCAUCUUGGCCAAAUUGCCAGAAUUGCACGGUGUUCGUUUGUUCGGCAUUAAUCGCACGGUUGGCAUUGACGACGAUUCCAAGCUUGAUGUUUCGCAGCUGAAGAAGCGUCGCGAUUGAUUGUACUGCUUCAUUCAAAUACAAAUCUAAUUGCGAGAAUAUGUUUGAAAUAAAAUAUCAUUCUCGUUCAACGGGGCGUUUACCGAGGACUCUUUUCUACAUAUA